CCGCCUCCCUCCGCGCAGCCGCAGCCUUCUGAAGAUUCGGCCGGUGGGAAACAAGUUUCGUCCUCACUCGAUCAUCCUUUUAACGCAUCGUAAUAUCCGCGGGGAAACUCACCUAGUGAAGAUGUCGCCCAAGAAGAUCCAGGCCGGUCCGGUGGUGGAGAUGCAGGGGGACGAAAUGACCAGGGUGAUCUGGGACCUGAUCAAAGAGAAGCUCAUUUUUCCAUACCUGGACCUAGAGCUGCACAGCUACGACCUUGGCAUGGAGAACCGCGAUGCCACGGAUGACCGGGUGACGGUGGAGGCGGCCGAGGCGGUGCGGCGCUACAACGUGGGCAUCAAGUGCGCCACCAUCACGCCCGACGAGAAGCGCGUGGAGGAGUUCAAGCUGAAGCAGAUGUGGAAGUCCCCCAACGGCACCAUCCGCAACAUCCUGGGCGGCACUGUUUUCCGUGAGGCCAUCAUCUGCAACAACAUCCCCCGCCUGGUGCCCGGCUGGGUCAAGCCCAUCAUCAUCGGCCGCCACGCCCACGGGGACCAGUACAAGGCCACAGAUUUUGUGGUGCCUGGGCCAGGACGUGUGGAGAUGAAGUACACCCCCAAGAGUGGGGAGCCUAUCAUGUUUGUGGUCCAUGACUUUGAAGGCACAGGGGGUGUGGCCCUGGGCAUGUACAACACAGACAAGUCCAUCCGGGACUUUGCCCACAGCUCCUUCCAGAUGGGCCUGGCUAAGGGCUGGCCCAUGUACCUCAGCACCAAGAACACCAUCCUCAAGAAGUAUGAUGGCCGCUUCAAGGACAUCUUCCAGGAGAUCUAUGAAAAGGAAUAUCAGGCACAGUACGAGGCCAAGGGCAUCUGGUACGAGCACCGCCUGAUCGACGACAUGGUAGCCCAGGCCAUGAAAUCUGAGGGGGGCUUCAUCUGGGCCUGCAAGAACUAUGAUGGGGACGUGCAGUCUGACUCCGUGGCGCAGGGGUACGGCUCUCUGGGCAUGAUGACCAGCGUGCUGGUCUGUCCUGACGGCCGGACGGUGGAGGCCGAAGCCGCUCAUGGCACAGUGACUCGACACUAUCGGCAGCACCAGCAGGGCAAGGAGACCUCCACCAAUCCCAUCGCCUCCAUCUUUGCGUGGACACGUGGGCUGGCCCACCGGGCAAAGCUGGACAACAACACGGAGCUGCGGGUCUUUGCCGAAUCACUGGAGGCUGUCUGUAUCGAGACCAUCGAGGCGGGCUUCAUGACGAAGGACCUGGCUGCCUGCAUCAAGGGCUUACCCAACGUCCAGCGCUCAGAUUACCUGAAUACCUUCGAGUUCCUGGACAAGCUGGCGGAGAACCUGACGAUCAAGCUGUCGAGCCAGCCCAAACUCUGAUCCUGACACACACAUGCAUGCACACACAUGCGCACACACACACACACAUAACCUUGAAUCCGAGCCCUUUGUUUCAGCGUGGGACCAAAGCAGACCAGCUCCUUCCUGUUGGGAACAUUUAUCCUGGUUGGGUACCUCCCUUACCACGGUGCCAAGGUAUCUGUGGGUCUGCAUGCAGAAGUAGAGUAGGUGACCUGCAGCCAGUCAGGAUUUCCCCCAUGCUGCCACAACUCACUCAGGCUACACCACCCUGGAGAAGGUCUCCGAAAUGAGAUCUGAACUCCCGCCCAUCACCCACUCUCUGCCCUGUUGCCUUAACUACUUUAAUGAGCUGGUCUGCUCGUAACCAUUUGAUGCUGCCAAGAGAGAGCUGGAGAAGCUCUUUUCCCCCAUGUUUGCUGAAUGGUCACAUGUUUACUGUAUAUUUGUUUUGGUUUUUAAGGUCAGUCGUCAGUAAAGCUGUUGUGAAGUACUUAAGCUGUAGGUUAAAGUCCACUCACACUACACCGCCCCCCCCCCCACCCUUGUACAUGUCAGGCAUUAGAGACAUGCAGCCACUGUGAUUUUUAUGUUACUGCAGUAACAUGAGGGGGGUGAUGUGGAUUCAUUGAUCUGUGUGUUCAGUCUUUGUGUGUCUGUAAGCCCCUGUAUUAAA